AUGGAAAGGUUCAGACUGUGCUCGGAUCUGCUCCAAGUAUGGACUGAAGGCGCUUCCCCGAAGAGGCUUUUCGCUGCAGCCCGCUUGGUUUCUAAGGCCCGUGCGCAACGCCCUUCGCUAAGAGCCGCCACAAGAGCAUACUAUUCAACAAGGCCUUCAGCAGCAGAGUCACUGGCAAAAUCCAGACUUCCACUAUGGACCUCCAGCAGGGUUUUACUGCUUGGAGGGGCACUUGCCUCCAUUGGAUAUGUUGUGGGCGUCACCGAUGCAGGGAAUCAUGCGGAUGAGCUACUUCCUCGCCGACCCAAGCCUCCCAAGUACGCCAGCAAGAAGGACAUGGACAACGCCAUCGCGGAACUUCGUGAAGCCCUGGGAGAGGAUGCGAUCAGCACGGAUGACGAGGAUCUCCAAUCACAUGGUUAUUCAGAAUGGUCUUCGAUCAACAUUGAUCAAUUGCCAGUUGCAGUGGCCUAUCCUAAAACGACGGAAGAAGUUUCACAGAUUGCCAAAAUUGCUUCAAAGUACAAGGUCCCAAUGAUUCCAUAUUCUGGAGGCUCUUCUCUGGAAGCCAACUUUGCUGCACCCUUUGGCGGUUUCAGCAUCGACUUUGCUUUCAUGGACCAAAUCCUGGCGAUCCAUGCGGAUGAUAUGGACGUGGUGGUCCAACCCGCGAUUCAAUGGAUGGACCUGAAUGACAAGCUGCAGCACACUGGUCUCUUCUUUCCGGUGGAUCCUGGCCCGUCGGCCAAAAUUGGUGGCAUGAUUGGAACGUCCUGCAGCGGCACUAAUGCGUUUCGUUAUGGCACCAUGAAAGAUUGGGUUCUGAAUCUGACUGUCGUCCUGCCAGACGGCCGAAUUAUCAAGACCAGGCGGCGGCCACGCAAGACGGCAGCCGGUUACAACUUGACAGGUCUCUUCGUUGGUGCGGAGGGUACCCUUGGGAUCGUGACGGAGGCGACGCUGAAACUGGCCGUGAUUCCUCAAGAGACCAAAGUCGCAGUCGCUACGUUUCCCACCAUUCGUGAUGCUGCGGCUGCGGCGUCGCAGCUGAUACGCGCUGGCGUGCCCGUCGCCGCGAUGGAGAUAAUGGACGAUGUGCAAAUGUCGGUGAUCAAUCGCGCUGGAGGCACCAAUCGGACGUGGAAAGAGGUGCCGACCAUCUUCUUCAAGUUCUCUGGCACGAAGGCGGGCGUCGAGGAUAAUAUCAAGCUCACCACUCAGAUCGCGAAGAAAAACAAGGGUGGGAAUUUCAUCUAUGCAAAGGACGACCGAGAAGCCCAUGACCUGUGGAAGGCGAGGAAAGAUUCGUUGUGGAGCAUGCUCUCCCUGCGCAGGGAGGGCGACGAAGUCUGGUCCACUGAUGUCGCGGUUCCGAUCUCACGUCUACCCGAUAUCGUCGAAAUCACCAAGACAGAAAUCGACGACCUCGGCCUCUUCGCCAGUGUGCUCGGACAUAUUGGAGACGGCAACUUCCACACGUCCAUUCUAUAUAACCGCAAGGACCCAAAGGAGAGGGAGCGCGUUGAACAGGCGGUGCACAACAUGGUUGACCGGGCUCUUGAAAUGGAAGGCACGUGCACGGGUGAACACGGCAUCGGGCUGGGCAAAAAGCAAAGCCUCAUCGACGAGCUGGGCCUCGAGACCAUUGGUGUCAUGCAGACUCUGAAACGCAGCCUCGACCCGCACUGGUUGAUGAAUCCCGGCAAGAUCUUUGAUGCCGUGAACGAGGAGAAUACUAAGAGCCAGCCGGAGGCCACCGCUGCUUCGACACUGGAGCGGCCGAAGGGCAAAUGA